CUACUCUACUCUUCGCAGCCGCCACCUACAUCACAAAAGUACACCGGUAUUCACCAACUAAAAGCUUCCCUCUACUCUUCCAUUUGAUACCCCAUCGUACUCAAACACUCACAUUUAGUUCGUGUCCGUAUCACGAAUCCAGGAAUGGAGUCUCAUAACCAAUCAGAGAACCAAAGUUCGCCUGAGAAAAGUGGUUCGAGCAGUGUGUCUAAGAAAGUCGCGGAGAUGUGGGAGCGAAUGAAUGCAGGAGUACCAAAAAAGCGAGUCAACUUCCACUCAAAGAGCUCAACCGCUUUGCCCGCUAAAAACUCAGCUAAUAAUAGCAAGUGUAGAAGUUAUCUUGGUGUACUGAAGGAAGAUAGCGUUUCGGAUAAUAGCUGUAGCGAGGAGGCUAAGAGCAUCGCUGCAGCCGCUCUAGCUGCUGUCAGAAACGCUACUGCAACCGCUGCAGCUGCAUCGAGCCGUGGCAAGGUUGAGAUAACAGAGGUCAAAGACUUUGCUGGGCAUGAAAUCGAAGUGAAGCGGUUAGUGGAAGCGGGUUCAAAGGAAGCCUCCUCCUCUGCAUCGACCUCAGGGGUUGAUGCGGUUCUUGAGCAGAUAAAAAAGAAACAGAAGCUGAGCGUUUUAGACAAGACGAAGAAAGAUUGGGGAGAGUACAAGGAGGAGAACAAAGGUGUUGAAGACGAGCUGGAUAAGUACAAGAAGAGCUCUGAUCAGUAUCUUGAUAAAGUUUCUUUUUUGGAGAGAGCUGAUUACAGACAGUUUGAGAAAGAGAGAGACGUUCGCUUAGCUCUUCAGUCCAAGAGAAAACACGAUGAUGUCUGAAUGUGAUGACUCUACUUCUUAUGUGUCAGUGUUCUUGUUUUAUGAAAAGAUUGAAUGAUGUUAGGACA